GAAACAAGCUUCUUCGUACACUAUGUAUUAGUAGUGUAGCUAUUUGCAAACGACACCUUUUGAUCUUAUCCAUUUAUAUCUGUCCCGAGAUGGCUAGAAUUACAGAUUUGUCCACUGAACUACUCCUUAAUAUCAUCUUCUAUCUCAGCGCAGGCGGCGCAUGUGACGUCAGAGCACUAUUUUAUCUAUGUCACACGUCACGCAUGCUCUUCGACGUUGCACAGCCAGCACUCUAUUCAUGUGUUCGAAUAGUCGAAUCACCAACGGAUCCCCUAGUUCAUCUCAAGCUCUUCCUCAGAACUUUGAUUGAACAUCCAUUGCUGGCUCAAAAAACCAAAGAGCUGGCCUUGUUCAAUGACCGGGGAGUGCGUUAUGAAUGGCCUGCUCUGGAGCACGAUGCAAUCUUCAUGGAACUUUCAGCGUUGAUAGGAGGUCAUGCUUCCGAAAUUGAACCUGACCUGUGUUACUACCCGCUUGCUGUGCAAGUCCUAGCUCGGUUGCCUAAUUUGCAGCACCUUCAGUUUACGGCUCAAAUCGAAGCACCACGAUCUUUGAUGCAUCGUAUUCAUGAGAUGCGAGCUGAUCUCUCAAUCUUAUCCAAGCUGAAGACUUUCCAUCUGCACAAGCAGUACGAGGACGGACCAGUCAACAUAGAAGACUAUGUACCUCUUAUGCGGUACCCUUUGUUCGAAAAGUUCUCAUCUGAGAGCGAUGUGCCAGACACUCUGGAUGGCUCAUGCGCAGUCAAUACUCUGACACACACAGCUGCAGAAUUAUUCUGGUGCAUAGGGCCGUUAAUUACGAUGGAAAAGCUACUACAAACAUGUCCUCGUUUGACUAUUUUUAAGCUUAUCAUCCCUGACGGAACCCGCUACAGAUGGCUGUGGGAUGUAGGCUACAAGCUGUUAGUUACGCCACGGGAGCUUGUGAAGGCGUUGCUUCAAACACACAAGCAAAACCUGCACACCCUACAUUUGGACUUCCAUCACCACUACAGCCUCAGUGACCCAGAGCUUCGAGAAGAAAUAGAACGCCUCGAAGACUGUGUUUACACAUAUCCCUCAUUCCGCGAUUUUGAGAGUCUCACGCACAUGGCCAUCGAGUUCGAAAAGCUCGUCAAAGUUCAAGAUCUCCCAGCCUCGCUGGAACAGCUGGACCUGCGCUAUUGCCAUUUUGCGGACCUGGACAAGGCAUUACUUCUUGAUUUAAUACAGUUGAAGGAAAAAUGGUGUCCGGAGAUCAAAUCAGUUAUUGUGAGUGGCCGUGAGAAGACCAGUGAAGGUAUUUCUGCAGUGCGGGAACACGCAAGGACGUUAGACAUUUCUGUGUAUGUUACUAUAGAUGGACGUACGCUGACUAUCCUGGGUGGAAGCUAUUGCUUAACGAUAAAGAGCCUUGCACCUCUGUAACCAAUAUCACCAGACACGGACAAAACACAGAGAUGAUGAAUGUGUAGAAGUCUUUUACUUCAAAUUAGCAAUUAGUAAACAGAAAGUACAAUCACAACCUGAUUAAGUUAGCUAGAGAGCAGAAUAUAUUCUUCUACGGCAGAGUCUACAUGCACAAAAAGUUUGUAUAUAAUAGAAGCUCUAUAGUCGCUCAUUUCAUAGAGAGGAGAAGAAUUCUAACAUGAAGUUGUAUAGAAGAAGCACUUUUUGCAG